CCCCCGCCAUGGGCGGGUAGCGGGACCCGCCUCGCCUCAGCCCUGCGGAGCCCCCCCGCUCUCCGCGCCAUGGGGUCCCCGGCUGCCGCCUCGGCGGCCGCGGCCACCGACUCGGCGCAGUGGCUGUCGGUGAAGGAGGAGACCAUCUUCCUGCACGACGGGCUGAUCCGGGUCACCGACCUGGCCGAGCUGCCCAGCGAGAUCAUUGGGGUGGCCGAGCCCGGCGACACCGAGCUGGAGAUCCUGACUUUCGAGACCAAGAACCCGACGGAGCUGGCGGAGCGCUUGCGCUCGGUGUGCGGCAACCAGAGCAACGCGUACGCGCGGCUCCUGGAGUACCGGCUGAACGCCCUGCGCGGGCUCUGGAACGCCCAGCGCCAGCUGGCCCUGGAGGAGCAGCAUGACCGCGAGAGCUCCGGGGACGAGGAGGCCCUGACCCUCCUCAAGCGCCAGGGCUUGUUACAGCAGCCGGAGCAGGCUCCCUUCACCUCCCGCAUGGGGCUGCUGCUGGUGUUCCCGCUGAUCCAGUCGCAGAGCAGGACGGACCCUUCCCUGUGUAACAUCACUGCUGAGGUGCUGCUCAAUUGCCUUCGGGACUGCCAGCCCCUGAGCCUGACCAAGGAACCGGCCGACUGCCUCAACGGGAUCGAGUCCCUGCUCUGCUCCUGGCUCGAGGACACGGCGCCCUCCGGCCAGCACAUCCCCUACAAGCAGAAGGAAAAUGCUGCUGCUGCCCUGGUUGCCUUGGCUUGUGCAAGAGGGUCGCUGAAAACCUUUGUUCAUACAGUGCAUCUAUUACAGAAACAGACUGAGCUGGGGUCCCUGCCUGUGGCUGAUGUUCUCUACAGGUUGUUACUUUUGGAGGGAGGCCCUGGAUCCCCCUCCUGCCUGCUUGGAGGGAAGCACAUCGUGUCCUGGGGCUUUGAGGACAUGUUACCUGCCCCUGAUGCCAACACUGGUGCCAGCAGUGAGAAUAAAGAUGCAGACCUGGGCCGGUGCCUUGCAGCCGAUGGGCUCUACCUGUACACCACCAAUUCUGUGGGCAGGGGAAUCAGCAAACUGGGGUCAGGCCUGCACGGAACCCUCAGGGGGUUUGUGUACUGUCGGAACGAGGAGCUGGAGACGGGCUGGGUGGCUUUUGGCAACGGCAAACUCCUGCAUCGGCCCGUGUCCUUUGAUAGCAAACCCCACUACCUGUUCCAGCUCGUGGAUCAACAUACCCUGCAGGUAUGUCAGAUAAUCCCAAUGCCAGUAAAUCACUUCCCAGUUGGCAGCACUAUGACCACCGUACAUCUUUCUUCAGAUGGCACCUUUUUCUACUGGAUUUGGUCUCCUGCAAGCCUCAACGAAAAAACCCCCAAAGGCCACUCUGUCUUUAUGGAUAUUUUUGAAAUUAUAGUAGAAAAUGGCAUUUGUAUAGCAAAUCCUCUGCAGGAAAGAAUUAUCCUGAUGAGGAAAGAGGGGGAAUCUGCCAAGAGCAUCAAUGAGAUGCUGCUGAGCCGCCUGUCCCGGUACCGCGCCUCCCCCUCGGCCACCCUCGCUGCUCUCACAGGCUCCACCAUCUCCAACACCCUCAAGGAGGACCAGGCAGCUGCCAACACCAGCUGUGGGCUGCCCCUGAAGAUGCUGAGGAAGACCCCAAUCUACACGUGUGGGACCUACCUGGUGAUGCUGGUGCCACCCCCGGGGGGCUCGGGCAGCUCGGCCACGCGCUCGCUCUUCGGGGGCACCAGCGCUUUGUCCUCCUUAAAAAUUCUUGCCUCCAGCCUGGUGUUCAACAUCUCGGAUGGGCAGUUCACCAGCAGGGCAGAUCUCAUCGAUGCUGCGGGCAGCUCGCUCGGACGGGGGGCUCUGGUGCCAGGGCUUGGUGCCUGUUAUGAUACAAUGAAUAACAUGAUCUGGACGUGCUCCAAUGAUUAUAUUGAUCAGUGGUGCAAUCCUGGGAACCAGGCAUUCCACUGUGUGUGCCAGAGGCUAGGAGUGAGUCACAUCAUCACAGAGCCCAAAGGGGAUGCAACAACCACAAAUGAGGUCAUUAACCAGUUACUGCACCAUGUUGGUGCCAUGUGCAUUCACCAACUCAACCUUCUGGCGGCCAGCAACAACCUCCCCAUCAGCAAUUUUUUGGGCAAGCAGCAUCCCAUUGAAGCCCAUCACCUGAGCAGCAUCUGUGACAUUAUGGAAAAGGCCAUGGUCAAUGGAGACACCUGCAUCAUCCGCUGCAUCCUUGUUGUCUUCCAGGUGGUUUUUAAAUUUUUCUUCAGCCCCCAAACUGAAAGGAACAGAGACAUUGUCAGAAGGUCUGGGCUGUUACUGUGGCAGUUACUGAUGGCCCCAAGGGAUCAGAUCUGCUCUGAAAUCCAGAAGGAAGUUUGUCUGGCUAUUAGCUCUGGUUUAAAUAUCCUGUAUCCUGGAGAAGCAGAAAUCAAUAAUUUAUUGAAAUUGGUCCUAACUGAAGGAGAGAGGAACAGUGGCCUCUCCCAGCUCCGGGAUGUUAUCCUGACCAAUUUAGCUGAGCAGCUGCAGAACAAUAGAUUUGGAAGUGAAGAUGAUGAUCAUUAUAGACUCAAUGAUGAGCUCUUGCACUACAUCCUCAAGAUUGUUGUCCGAGAAUCUUGUGUCUUAAUCACCAAGUGCCAAACUGUAUCUAAAGAUGACUUUCAAAGGCUUCUUUCAACUGUGCCUGCUGCGUCCUCGUGCUUGCGGUACCUGAUGGCUGUGCAGAACCACCUCCUCAGUAACACUAUUUUGAUUAAACCUGAUGACAAUGAUGACAGUGACAGCUCCUUGCAGGGAGAGACAUUGAAGGUACAGGAGCUCAAGACCAGCAUUUUGUCUCUUGCCACACAAAUUCUGACAGGAUGUGAUGAAGUCUUAGAAAUGCUGCAACAAGUCACUACAGCACUAAUUAACAGUGACAUUUCUGACAGGGAGCAAAGGUUAAAAGGCCUGGAGCAGAUCACGAAGGCCACCAUGCUUGGCCACCUGCUGCCUGUGCUGCUGACAUCCCUGAUGCACCCAAACCUGCAGACCCUGACCAUGGCUGAUGCCCUGAUGCCUCAGCUGGUGCAGCUGGUCCUUUACACCAGCCAGACUGCACUGCUGCUUAAAACCCAGUCUCCAGUUUUCUCAGAACUGAACAGUUCCCCCAGUUGUGCUCCAGAGCAGAAAGGGAAGCAGUUACCUGAUGAGAGGAUGCUGGAAGAGAAGGAAGAGCCAGGAUUCCUGACUGGUUUGAAGAUCCCUGCUCCCUGGGCUGCUGGGAAGACUGUGGAGACAGUGCAUCCUGUCAGGGAUAACUAUAAAUUUAAGGAAACUGUCCACAUUCCAGGAGCCCGCUGUUUGUAUCUUAGAUUUGACAACAGAUGCUCCUCCCAGUACGAUUAUGACAAGUUGGUGAUCUAUGCUGGUCCUAGCACAAACAGUAGGAAGGUUGCUGAGUAUGGAGGCAAUACACUGGGAUAUGGCAGCCGUAGUGUCUUAGGAACGGGGUGGCCCAAGGACUUAGUCAAGGUGGAAGGAGACACGGUCACCUUCUCCUUUGAGAUGCGCAGUGGGCGUGAGCACAACACUCCUGACAAAGCCAUGUGGGGCUUUGCCUGCACUGUCCGAGCCCAGGAAUCCUCAGAGGAUGUGUCAGGAGGUUUGCCAUUCCUGGUUGACCUGGCCCUGGGCCUCUCUGUGCUGGCCUGUUCCAUGCUGAGGAUUUUGUACAAUGGGCCAGAAAUUACCAAAGAUGAAGAAACAUGUCAAGAGCUCUUAAGAUCUAAACUUUUACAAAGGUGCCAGUGGCAGGUGGAAGCCAAUGGGGUCAUAUCUCCAGCCCUUACUCCAAGCCCUUCUCCAUUGCCUCUCACCAUAGAGGAGGACAGGGAAUUCACAUAUCCCUCUGAUGUGCUUGUGCCUCCUGUUGGACACUACUUUGACCUGCCCAGGAUUAGGCUGCCCCCAGGAAUUAUGAUCAAGCUCAGGGAAAUUUCUGGACGUGCUCGGCCUCAAUUUAGACCCAGUAUAAAGGAAGUGAUCCAGCCAGAAGUCAUGGAGGAGAUGGUGGUUUCAUGUGUGAUUAAACAUCUCAAUUUGGUUGAUGCUCUCCAGUCCCUGAUAAAUUUCCAGUAUCAGGAGGAACAUGCUGAGGAAUAUGAUUUACUUUGUAAAAUAAUGGGAGAGACCUUUAAGAAGCUGAAUGCCAUGGAGAGACAACUACAGAGUGUGGCUGAGCUGGAGCAGAAGUGGCAGAACGAGGUGGAUGAUGCCAUGCAUGGGAAGCUGGAGAACAAUGUCCCCUUUUUUUAUGAUUAUCACUUCAACGAGAGCAAGAUGAAGGAGCUGGAGCUUCUGUGUUCAAUGAAGGAAGUUUCUUUUGAUGGGAGUGAUCUUGAGAACGUGGUCCUGGCAUUAAGGGAGAAGUUUUUCCAGGAGGUGAAUUCACUGAUCCAGAAGACCUCUCAUCCCUUAGCAAAGACAAAAGCCUUGGUGAAGAGCUUGAUGAACAGAGCAGAGCUGUUGUUGCAUGUGACUAUUGCAGCACAGUCUGGGAUCACAAGGAGCAUAUCUGGGACCCCUGCAGAGACUCCAGCCUGUAAAUCAGCCUCUGAGACCAAGGUGAUCUCCCACGCCGUGCGCCAGCCCGUGUUCCUGCGCAGCAUGUCCGCCCCGUCCGACCUGGAGAUGAUUGGCAACGAGGACAUUGAGUUUGCCCGGGCCAGCCAGAGGCGUCGGCACGUCACCAGCCACAGGAGCAGCUCCUUCACCCUGCUGCAGUCCCUGGCCAUCGAGGACAGCAGGGACAAGCCCACCUACAGUGUCCUGCUGGGACAGCUCUUUGCCUUCAUUGGGACAAACCCUGACCAAGCUGUGUCCAGCAGCAGUUUCCUGCUGGCUGCCCAGACCCGCUGGAGACGUGGCAACACCAGGAAACAGGCCCUGGUGCACAUGAGGGAGCUGCUGACGGCCGCCGUGCGUGUCGGAGGCGUGACCCACCUGGUGGGCCCAGUCACCAUGGUGCUCCAGGGAGGGCCAAGGAUUGAAGAGCUGACGUGUGGUGGGAUGGUGGAGCAGGUGCAGGAGGCUUUUGGGGAGACGAUGACGUCGGUGGUGUCCCUGUGUGCCCGGUACCCCAUCGCCUGUGCCAACAGCAUUGGCCUCUUGUGCACCAUUCCCUACACAAGGAGUGAGGAGAAGUGUCUGGUGCGCAGUGGCCUGGUCCAGCUCAUGGACCGGCUCUGCAGCCUGAGCAGCCAGACAGAGUCCAGCUCAAAUGAAAAACAGACCAAGAAACAAAAGGUGGCCACCAUGGCUUGGGCUGCCUUCCAGGUGCUGGCCAACCGCUGUGUGGAGUGGGAAAAGGAAGAAGGGGGUUCCACAGAUGCCGUUCACUCUGGGCUGGCCAGGCAGGUCUCCAGUCUCCUCACCAACCACCUGGCCAGAGCCACUGAGUGCUGUGGCAACCAAGCUGCAGGGAAUGAUGCACUGCAGGAUGUCCUCAGCCUUCUGAAUGACCUCUCAAGGAGUCACAUAGGUAAAGCCAUCCUGAGCCAGCCAGCCUGUGUGUCCAAGCUGCUGUCCCUUCUCUUGGAUCAGCGUCCUUCUCCAAAGCUGGUCCUUAUAAUCCUGCAGUUGUGUCGUGCUGCUCUGCCUCUCAUGAGCGUUGAGGACUGUGGAAAUGUGGAAUUGCCUCCCUGGAGUUACUCAGUGCCCUCUCUGAACAGCGAGCAGGAUGAUCCCAGUGACCCAGCCUCCAAGAUUGCCUCCCUGCUGCUGGCAAAGCUGGCAGAUUAUGUCGUGCCAGGAUGCCAGACAGUCCUUUCUCCAACUGCCUCUGAGCCAGAUACUACCUUGGCAAAAGCCAGCCCUAAAAAUUCCAUAAAAGGUGAUAAAGAUCCUGGAGAAGAAAGUGAGGCAGUGGAUGGUAAACUUUCUAUUUUUAUCCAUAAAAGAGAAGAUCAAUCCUCCCAUGAAGUCCUUCAGCCUUUACUAAGUAGCUCAGAAGGUCGCCCAUUCCGACUGGGAACUGGAGCCAACAUGGAGAAGGUGGUGAAGAUGGAUCGGGACAUGACAAAAAGUGGCUGCUGUGAAGUCAUUACAGAAGAAGCUGCUGCAGCUCUUAGAAAGGCAACCAAGUGGGCACAAUCUGGGCUGAUAGUGAGUGUGGGGCCACCCAUAGAGACUGUCAAUCCAGAGAGCACCAGUGGCUUGUCCACUGGGGACAAAAAGAAGACUGCACAAACUUCUAUUUGCAGAGAGAGGAAUUCAGAGCUCGCCAGGACGGAUCCGGUGAGGCCGUUCAUCAGCGGGCACGUUGCAAACAGCAUGGCAGCAGAGGUGAUUGCCCUGCUGCACAGCCUGCUCAUGGCCCCAGAGUCCAAUGCAGCCCAGAUCUGGACAACAACUGCUGAAAAGGUUCUGUCUCGGGCUCUGAUGUACAUCCCACAGCUUGGGAAAUAUGCAGAGAGCAUUUUGGAGAAUGGGAGUAGCAGUGGAAGGAAACUGGCUAAACUUCAAAGGAUUGCUCGCCAGGCAGUGGCUGCCCUGUGUGCUCUGGGUGGCUUUAAGGAGACAAUUAAAAUAGGUUCUGAAGUUCAGGUUUUAGGCAAAGGAAUAGCAGGAAGCAUUGGAGUUGUGGCAUCUAUUAAUGAGCAAGAAGGUAUAGCCACGGUCAAAUUCCCACCCACCACUAUAGACACUAGAAAGACCUCCCAGGCAUCAGACACUUUAACUAUUCCAUUAUCUAGGCUCUGUGUUCCAAGAUCUGAGGCAUUGCCUCUUCAUAAACUGUCCAUUACUGAGAAGGUAGUACAGGCAGUCCAGUCCAUGUUGCUCCCUCAGGAGGGAAGUCUCUCUAUUCACACCUCACUUCCUGCAACAGGAGAUGGCUCAACCCCAGUAAUGGCAGUGGUCCGGCUCCUUGCUGAAAUAAGAACCAGAGCAUGCCUGGUGAUGGCUCAGCUGUUGGAAGACAGCUCAUUCUGUGAAGAAUUCAUUCAACAGUGCCCAGCUGCUGUAGAAGUUCUGAAUUUGGUGGCCCAGGAGUGCAGCCCUGGAGAGAGGCUGGUGGUUGUGGAGAUGCAGUGUGAGAGGUUACGGAUGUUGUACCGGGACUGUGCUCGGCCCCCUCCUCCUCCCCUGCAAGCAGACAGGAGACAGCCCAAAGAAAUCACGUGGAGCCCAUCCAGGGUGUUCCCCCCAGUGAGAGCCUGCAUGUUCUCCUCACACCUCACUGCUGUGACCUUCCUGGCUGAUCCCAGUGCAGGUGGGGGCCUUCCUCGGGGCACCUUUAUCUAUGCCACCUCCCCAGUGCCAGUACAGGCACCAUCAUUCUACUGGGAAAUCGAAGUGGUUUCCUAUGGAGACACAGAUGAUGACACUGGGCCAAUAGUUUCCUUUGGAUUUGCCACAGAGGCUGAAAAACGGGAUGGGGCUUGGACAAACCCAGUGGGCACCUGCCUCUUUCAUAACAAUGGGCGAGCAGUGCAUUACAACGGCUCCAGCCUGCUGCAGUGGAAGAGUGUCAGACUGGAUGUGACUCUUUCCCCUGGUGAUGUGGCAGGAAUUGGAUGGGAAAGAACAGAAGGAACUCCCCCUCCACCAGGCCAGCCAGCAAAGGGCAGAGUUUAUUUUACAUAUUGUGGGCAGAGACUUGUGCCCUACCUAGAGGAUGUGUCUGGUGGAAUGUGGCCAGUUGUCCACAUUCAGAAAAAGAACACCAAGGUGCGGGCGAACUUCGGCUCGCGGCCGUUCGCCUAUGCUGAGGGCCAGGCUCACCGCAACGCCGCCGACCUGUGCCUGGACCUGGCCGAGGAGAUCAGCGCCAACUUCGAGGCCUUGCCCUUUGCCAUGGCCUCUGACAGUGACAAUGACGCUGGCACCAGCAUCGCCUCCGACCCCGGCACCCACGGGCCCCCCUGCAGGAUCGCCGCUGUCGCCACGGCUCAGCAACAGUAUGACAGUGACACAUCCUGCCACUAUAAAAUGGAGCUGAGCUAUGAGAACUUCAUCACCUCAGGCCCUGAUCCACACCCCCCUCCUAUUGCAGAUGAUGAAAGUGAUGAUGAUGACGACGAUGAUAUUCCCAGGGAGGAUCACUAUGCCCUCUUGGUCAAAGCCUGGGAAACCAAAGUUUUCCCUACAAUUAGAAGAAGGUUCCGUAAUGAGGCUGAAAGGAAGUCUGGGCUGGAUCAGAUUAAAGGGGCUUUACAGUUAGGAAUGGUUGAUAUAGCAAGGCAAACUGUGGAAUUCCUGUACGAGGAAAACGGAGGCAUCCCACGGGAUCUCUACCUUCCCACCAUCGAGGAUAUCAAAGAUGAAGCAAACAAAUUCACAAUUGAUAAAGUACGGAAAGGUCUCACCGUGGUGACUCGCUCUCCUGACAGCAACAACGUCACCAGCAGUGCUGUAGGAACAGCUCUACCCAAAUUUGCCAUUCGGGGCAUGCUGAAGACAUUUGGUCUUCAUGGGGUUGUCCUGGAUGUGGACUCGGUGAAUGAACUGGUCCAAGUGGAGACCUAUCUGCGGAGUGAGGGGGUCCUGGUGAGGUACUGGUAUCCCAUUGACAUGUUGGAAAGGCCACCUGCAGGGUACAGGAGGACUGCAACCAACGGAUUGGUUACCCUGGAUAACACCAACAUCCAAAUUCACAGGGAGCUGUUGAGGAGUGAAGCUGCCCUGGCCAAGCUCUACUGUCGCAUGGCUCUGCUCAAUAUUUUUGCUCCCAAAUCUCCCCACAUGUUCACUCGGCUGUUCCACAUUCCUGCCAUCCGGGAUAUCACCCUGGAGCACCUGCAGCUGCUCUCCAACCAGCUUCUUGCACCACCCCUUCCUGAUGGAACCAUCAGCUCAAGCUCCAUUCUCCUGGCCCAGUCCCUGCAGCACUGCAUCCAUUCCCAGACCUGUGCUGCCACAGACCUCUUCUACCAGGGCAAUUCCCAGGCCAUCAGGGAGUGGCUCACUGUGGCCAUCACUCGGACACUGCAUCAGGGAGAGGAGAGUCUGUUGGACCUCACCAAACAGAUCUGCUCCUUUCUGCAGGCAGCACCAGAACAAUUUCCUGCCGAAGAAUUCCCAAUUUCUGAAUCCAAGGUCAACAUGGAUGUGAAUUUUCCUGGGGCUGCCUUUGUGAUUGUGUCCUGCAAGGAAAGUCAGUCUGGGUUCCGAAAAGACUCGUCCCUGUACAAGGCCCCGUGGGCUCGGGUGCUGGUCUAUGGGCUGGGGCACAAGGUGAAGAGGAACGGGCAGCUGAACCUGAUCGAGGCCGUGUGCUACCCCCGCGACGCCUCCCCCACCAACACCGGGCUCACACCACCACCCACCACCAACCAGUACCCAGCUGUGAUCACCCCCACGGACAGGGUGCACAUCAAACUGGGAGUGUCUCCUCCUCCUGGAGCUGUACUGGUCUUGCAUUCCCUCCCCUUGGAAUUCCCCCUGGCAAUGGCAUUCACAGAACAGCUCUUAACCUGGAAAUUAGAAGAUGGGGAUGGAAAAUCUGAAGAUGAACUGGAUACAAUUCCUGCCUCAGUUCUCUUGCAAGUAGUGGAAUUUUUAGGCAACUUCCUCUGGACAACUGACAUGGCAGCGUGUGUGAAGGAAUUGAUCUUUCACCUCUUGGCCGAGCUGCUUCGCAAAAUCCACAAUCUGGAGCAGAAGAAGAAUCCAGCAGGAUUGUCCUCAUCCAUCGCCCUGCAGCUCAACCCCUGCCUGGCCAUGCUCAUGGCCCUGCAGUCAGAGCUGCACAAGCUCUACGAUGAGGAAACCCAGAACUGGGUGUCUGGGAAUGCCUGUGGUGGCUCUGGGGUUGGAGUUGCCGACCAGGGGAGAUUCUCCACGUACUUCCACGCCCUGAUGGAAGUGUGCCUGGCUGUGGCAGAAGUCACCUUGCCUAUCAACAUGAGCGUGACAGCCAAUGUGAUCUCAUCCACCAGUGCCCCAAAUCUUAGUGACUCCUCCUCCUCGUCCUCAUCUUCCCCAGGGCAGACACCACAGAGCCCGAGCUUGCUGUCCAAGAGGAAAAAAGUCAAAAUGAAGCGGGAAAAAACCUCAGCUUCGGGGAAAAGGGCUUCCUCCAGGGCAGCUGAUACGGACGCGGCGCUCCUCAGCAUCGGGGGCAGCAAGCCUGAGGACAUGCUGUGGUUCCACAGGGCUCUGACCCUGCUGAUAAUCCUCAGGCACCUGACAAAGAAGGACCCCCAGGGGCUGGGUGUGACCAACGAUGCCGUGGCAGACGCCUGCCAGGCCCUGGUGGGACCCACGGCCCACAGCCGCCUGCUCGUCAUCUCCGGCAUCCCCACGCACCUGGAGGAGGGCACCGUCAGGAACGCCAUCAGGAAGGCCUGCAACGCCCACGGCGGGGUCUUCAAGGAUGAGAUCUACAUCCCUCUGCAGGAAGAGGAUCCCAAAAAAACCAAGGACAAAGCAGAAGGAGGCGAGUGCAGGACGGAGCUGGAAAAGCCGACGGUUUCCAGCAGCGCUGACAGUUUGGACAUCAGCAGCUCCAGCAGCGUCACCCCGGCCAUGAGCGUCAGUGCCUCGGCAUCCACCAGCCAGGCUUCCCUCUGCAGCUCCCAGGGAAUAUCCCGCACCGUCAGCGACAUCUCCGUGGACCAGUUCCAGGCAGGGCUGGAGCUGCCCAUCCCGCCCGGAUUGCUGGAGCAGCCGCACGUGGUGUCCAGCCAGGAGAGUUUGGAUCUUUCCCACUGCAGCACCGGGAGCCUGGGCAGCCUGGGCAGCCUCGGGGAGCCCCUGGACAACGUGGAGACGGCGUCGGUGUCGGACGUGGGCUCCAUGUACACGGUGACAUCUCUGGACAAUCAGCCGCUGCUGGCACGGCCCAUCAAGGGCUUCGCUGUGGUGGAGAUAAGGUCAAGAGCUAAAAUAGAGAAAAUCCGAGCCAGCCUCUUCAACAGCAGUGACCUCAUUGGCUUGUCCAGCCUGGAUGGGGAGGAUGAGCUCAUGGAGAUGUCAACUGAAGAGAUUUUAACUGUUUCCACUGUAAAUCAGAGUUUGUUUGACACCCAGGGGAGCCCAGCACUAGAAGAUUAUUUCAAUGAUAAGUCAAUAAAAGGUGAAAAACUGGUCCCGGGUGCUCGGGAAGUUCUCACAGAGAUCUUUAAAAGCUGUGUCCAUUCAGAGCAAAUGCUGAGCCUGACCCCAGCUAAGCCCAUCAAGGUGGCUGACAUUUACCUCAGCAAGGAGCAGAUCAAUUCCCAAACCCCUGGGAACCUCCUCCACGUCUUCUUCACCAACGUCCGCCCUCCCAAGAAGGUGCUGGAGGACCAGCUGACCCAGAUUUUAAGGAAAUACGGAGUUCCCAAGCCCAAAUUUGACAAGAGCAAGUACAACAAGGCAGGCAAGGAGCAGCACCCGGUGAAGGUGGUGAGCACCAAGCGCCCGGUCACCAAACCCCCCACCAAGGAGAAGUCCAUGCUCAACAGUGUCAGCCGGACAGCCUUAAGUGAGAAGAAACCCACUGUAAAGCCCAAAUCUCCUGAGAAGAGCAAACCUGAGGAGAAGGACCCUGAGAAGUCUCCCACUAAGAAACAGGAAGUUCCUGAGGAGAAGUACCUGACCCUGGAUGGAUUCCACCGGUUCGUGGUGGACCGCUCCAAGCAGGACAUCCGGAGCGUGUGGAGAGCCAUCCUGUCCUGUGGCUACGACCUGCACUUUGAGAGGUGCGCCUGCAUCGACGCCAGACACGCGCAGAAGGCGUCGCGCAAGUGGAGCCUGGAGAUGGACGUGGCCCUGGUGCAGUACAUCAACCGCCUGUGCCGCCACCUGGCCAUCACCCCCGCCCGCCUCCACCCCCACGAGGUGUACCUGGACCCAGCUGAUGCAGCAGAUCCCAGGAUUUCCUGUCUCCUGAACGUCCCCGUGGAGAGCCUGCGGCUGCGCUUCGCCCUGCUGCAGUCCCUCAACACCACCCUGGAGACCUUCUUCCUGCCGCUGGUGGAGCUGCGCCAGACCGACAUGUACGGGAACAGCAUCGCUGCCCUGCUGCAGGAGGCCAAAGGUUUAAUCUUUUAUGACACAAAAGUCACAGUCAUGAACAGAGUGCUCAAUGCCACUGUCCAAAGAACUGCUGACCACGCAGCCCCGGAAAUCACCCUGGAUCCCCUGGAAAUCGUCGGAGGGGAGAUCCGUUCCUCUGAGAACUCCUACUUCUGCCAGGCCGCGCGGCAGCUGGGCUGCGUCCCCUCGUCCCAGCUCUGCGUCAAACUGGCCAGCGGCGGGGACCCCACCUACGCCUUCAACAUCCGCGACAGCCCCAUCCAUCUCCUAAUCCAGCACCAAAUCCCAUUUGCAGACCAGCUGGUAGAACAAAUAUUCCUGCUGUUCUUGGAGUGCUGGAAAGCAAAGCAGCAUUUAGGAAUUCAGCAGGAACAAAGGAAUAUUUUCAUUGCUUUCUCUGUCUCUUUUCCAGGUGGAUCUUUCCGUCACUUCCUUUGGCAAGUGUGUAAAGAGCUCCAAAGCUCCUCCCUCUCCCUGCUCCUGCUGUGCCCCAGCUCUGCUGUCAAUAAGAACAAGGGGAAGUACAUCCUGACCCCCAGCCCCAUCACCUACGCCGAGGAGCAGCUGUUCCAUUUCUUCGGGCAGCUCCUGGGCAUCGCCAUCCGAGCCGAUGUUCCUCUGCCCCUGGACCUCCUGCCCUCCUUCUGGAAGACCCUGGUGGGAGAGCCCCUGGAUCCCGACGUGGAUCUGCAGGAAGCUGACAUCCUCACCUACAACUAUGUCAAAAAAUUUGAAAAUAUCAGUGACGAGACGGAGCUGGAAGCUCUGUGUGCCGAAAUCGCCUCCCAGCACCUGGCCAUGGAGAGCCCCGACUGCCCCAACAAACCCUGCUGCAAAUUCACCUACCUGAGCCUCACUGGGGAGGAGGUGGAGCUGUGUCCCAGGGGCAGGCACAUCCCUGUGGGGUGGGAGAACAAGGACGUGUACGCGGCCGCCAUCCGGAGCCUGCGGAUGCGGGAGCUGCAGACCCCGGAGUGCAUGACAGCAGUGAGGGCAGGGCUGGGCUCCAUCAUCCCCCUGCAGCUCCUGACCACACUCACCCCCCUGGAGAUGGAGCUGAGGACCUGUGGCCUUCCCUACAUCAACCUGGAAUUCCUCAAGGCACACACCAUGUACCAGGUGGGGCUGAUGGAGACCGACCAGCACAUCGAGUUCUUCUGGAGCGCCCUGGAGAUGUUCACGCAGGAGGAGCUCUGCAAGUUCAUCAAGUUUGCCUGUAACCAGGAGAGGAUCCCCUUCACCUGCCCCUGCAAGGACGGCGGCCCCGACACCGCCCACGUCCCCCCCUACCCCAUGAAAAUCGCCCCCCCCGACGGCGCCGCAGGUUCCCCGGAUUCCCGGUACAUCCGAGUGGAGACGUGCAUGUUCAUGAUCAAGCUGCCGCAGUAUUCCUCGCUGGACAUCAUGCUGGAAAAGCUCCGUUACGCCAUCCACUACCGGGAGGAUCCGCUCAGCGGCUGAGCAGGAGCAGGGAACGCCUGGAGGUGACUCCGUGACUCUGCCCAGUGGAACCCCUUCAGUUCCCAUCCAGCACCUCCCGUGGGAUGAGCUGGGGGUUAAUUUAUUUCCUGAACCUUCGUUCCCCAUUACAGUAAUUCCCAGAAGACUUCCAUUUUGUAUUUGUAGACUUUGUGGUGGACUGGUUCUUUUGCUGCCUUGUUUGUGGAAUAUUUGUAGGAUAGUUUAGUAUAAAGACCGGUUUGUGUAUAAUUUAAUUUGGGGAAAAAACCUUUCCACCUGUACAUUUCUAAUUUUGUAAUCCACAGUGGUCUGCCCUGUGCAAACACCAUGGCAGGGAGGGCAUUCCAAGGCCGGGAGCCUUCGGAGGGGAAGGCUCAUGGAUCACUCUCCCCCGAGAGGUUUUUGAGUACAAAAAUGCCAAGUUUGGGUGUGGGGAGGGAAUCACUGCAUGGGCAGGAGCAGAGCACAGGCAGGAUUUGUGACACUUGCUUGAGGUUUGAAGCAGGAACUUUGCUGCCAAACUGCUUUUCCACUUUUCCACCACUUUCCUUGAAAUUUUUCUAAACUCUGACCAAGCACACAGGGGCUGCCACAGGGAACUGGGGUGUUCAGCUCAACACUUUUGGGAAAAUUUCCAAUAGAACAGUGAAAGGGUCGUGAUUCCAUUGGGUUCCCGCCCUAGAUGUUCUUGAAUGUCUGCUUUGCUUAGCUACAAAAUAAUUUAUUGUAAUUAAAAUAUGAGCAGAACAAAACAGCUUCUCUCCAAAGGGUGUAAAAUACCACAGUCCAUCCCAGAAAUCUGGGACUUUAUCCCAUCUCCCAGCGAGCUCUCAGAACAACCAGAGGGUGCUCAAACACCUGGAACUUGUUUUUGUACUCAAAAAUCUUUGAUCCAAGAGCAAAUUAUCCUAAAAACCUCUGACACCUGGCAGGAGGACGAAGUCACCCGUUGGAAGAUAAAGCUCCUGUUCUGUGUGGAAAGCUGGGAGGCAGCUGCGGAGCAGGAACAGCUCCACGUUUCACUGGUGUUCUGUGGAAUGUUCCGGAUGGUUCAGAGCAGCCCCUCCACAGGCGUCUCAUCCCUCACCAGGAUUUUUGGGACACUGCAGCUCUGCUGAUCCCUCGGAUCCUGAGUUCUGAGGAAGAGACCAUCCCGGAAUCUGUUGGUGCUGUCCGUGAGCCGAGUGCCGGCACGGAGCCGCCCGGCUGAGGUGACCGAACCUUCAGCUCGGUGUCCGUGGGUCUGGAACAGCUCCGGGGAUCCCAAAUGUAUUUAUUGUACAUUAUUGUGAAUAGUGGGAACGCUGAGUGCGUGGGAGAGGCGGUGCGAGUUGGGGAUGGGUGUCCUUGUUCUUCCUUGAGCGAGUGGGAAUGGGAAUGUGUGUGCAGCAGUUGUAGGUAGUCGUCGGCAUCCGGAGUCUCCCAACCCCGUGGUUAGGAAGCUGUUACCCUCCCAAUGCAUAUUGCCCUGUCCAGGGAACAGAUCCAUGUAGGAAGAAUAUUUACUCUUGAAUCUCAUCCAUUUCCUGGUAGAAGCGUUUAUGUAGCUCAGAAACCACUCGGAGCAAGCGGGAACGCCUGGAGUUUACAAAGACCAAGGGAAAACAAAGCCGAAGGGGCGGCUUGGAGCCGGUUUGCUCCCAGGCAGGAGAGGCGGGGAGCGCCGGCUGGAUGCCGGGGCAGAGCCGUGGCCCCGGGCUGGGCUCUCUGGGCUUCCAUCCCGGAAUGCCGAGGGGCCAUCCCGGAGGGCUCCGUGUGCCAGCGGUUCCCAAGGCUCCAGUUCCAGCUGUGAGUAAGAAACUGCUGCUGCUGUGUGUGUGCUCCUUCGGGAAGCACAUCCGAGUGGAGCACACCUGCACCCGGCCCCGGGCGUGUGCUGGAACGUUACUUGAUCCGUAUUUAUUACAGUUAAUUAUUUAUGAUUACAAAUAACGAACUUCUCGUCGCUGCCAUUUGCACCUGGGGGUGUAAAUGAAGCUUCUUCUACAGGACAAAUGUCGCACCAAUAACCAACUUCCAUCGACUUCCGUUUGUUCUGGAGAACAGGAUGAGCCCCACAAGAGAAAUUGUGGGAGAUAUUUGGUUUUGGUUUUUUUUUUUAAUUCCAUGCUCCUGGGAAGGAAGUGCUGCAGCACCUCAGCUGUGGCUCAAAUGGCCUUUUGAUUAAAGCUUUUCUAAUCAUCCUUAAUUCCUCGUGCUUUAAAUGAACUUGACAUUGUCUGUACUAGGCUUGUUUGUCGAAGCAAAGAUUGGUUUGUGAUGAUUAUUAUUAUUUUUUUUAAUAUAUAUUCAUUCAGAAUGUAAAAUUAUACUAAACAAUGGAAAAACUCUGGAGCUGGGUAUUAGUUCUAGCUUGGUGUGUGUCCAUCUCGGUUCCAUACACGGCAUUAACCUGUAAGUGCUCUUGGCCAUCGAGUGUACACCUGCAUAAAGGAGAUUCUUAACAUCC